AUGCUUACAGAUCACUCCAAAGUAGCCAUCGCGCAAAUUGUCUUUUAUAUACCGGCAAUCGCACUCGCUGCUAUACUACUGUUUUACCGUCAUGGGCGUCCUCGCAUGCCAUGGAUCAUUCUCCAAGUAUUCUGCCUGAUUCGGGUCACCUGUGACAUCGUUGUCAUUCUCUAUGAGAACAGCCCUCAGAGCGUCGGCUUAUACAUCGCCGCGGUUAUCCUUCUCAAUGCCGGCCUGCUCCCCUUGAUCGCCGCCACCAUCGGCCUCCUACGGAUAAUAAUCCACAAUGAUCUCGAACACAAAACCGCAAUGAAGUAUCCAAUGAUGAUCUCCCGCAUCCUCUUCAUCGCUGGAAUCGCCCUCAUUGUCGCCGGCAGUAGCGUGGGGGGGAACUACGAGGACGCAACCGCAGUGCGCACCGGCCACACGCUUACCGAGGUCGGGUACAUCAUCGUCGCAGUCUUCCUGUCCACAUUGCUCGUGUUCCAGGGAUAUUUCUGGAAACGGCAUGCGAGCCUAUCUCGUCCUAGUGUGACGGUGUUGAAGGGAAUGGCUGUCGCGGUCCCGUUUCUCGUCGUUCGCAUCGCGUGGCUGUUUUUGUCGAUUUACCACCCGGAUGAUGAUCGCUGGGAUAACCUGAACGGACCGAUUGGGCCGUUCGUAGUCAUGACGGCGCUUAUGGAGUAUAUCGUCGUAUGCAUCUAUAUCGGGACUGGGUUUAUGAUUCCCGCCACGAGGGGGUUGCAGCUUCAAAAAGGCAGAGGGGCGAGGGUUGGGAGCUUGGAACCUGCUCUGUCUCGAGAGGAGGAGGUUUAG